CUUUCUAGCCUUCUUUUUAAUAUUCCGUGUAUCUUUUUCCCUUCCUUUCCUCCCUGCCCCCUUUCCAGCAUCUCUCUCUCUCUCUCUUUCAUUCUGUCUUCCUUUUUCAGCUCCCUGUUCUCCUUCCCCUUUUCCAGACUCCCUGCCCUCUUCCUCUCUCAUCCCUCUGUUCCAGACUCCUUUCUACCCCUUAUCCCCCCCUUUCCCACUGCUCCCUUUCUCAUCCCCCCUUCCCAUCCUUACUGCCUUCUUUCUCUUUAUCCAUGCUUCUCCAGCCUCCUCCCCCAUUCUCCUUUUUCCAAUGCCCUCCACCCCGCUCAUCUUUCCUUUCCAAUCUCCUCUUCUUCCCUUUUUCCCAUUCUCAUCCUCCUUUUCUCCAGCCCCCUUUAUCCCCCCUCCUGCCCAGUCCCAUACUUCCCUAACUUAGGUCUCUUUCUAAGCACCCAAGUCCCUCGUCUGAAGGAAUCGGCCAGGCCUCAGAUGGAGCUGUUGUCGUGACAACCUAAAGGAGCAUCAGGCUUUGAUCAGGGCUGGCUUCUGCUGAAGGGGGCAGUUGUGUGGAGAGGCAGGGGAUGGGGGGUGUGUGCAGUGGUGGGAGGGGGGAAGUGGCGGGUGAGGAGAUGCUGCUGCUCAGGGCUCCCUUCCCCCCCCCCUUCCCCGCGUGCUCCUGCUGUAGUGCUGAGCUUCUGUUUCACGAGUAAAGCUCCCUCCCUCCCUCCCCUCCUUGCCUCACUCCGCCUGGGAAAGUGGGUUAGGAAGGGAGCUCAGCGCUCAGAGAUUGCACAGCCACUCGCAGGAGCAUCCACACGCGGAGGGGAAGCACACAGGACUCUUCUUUUUCAUUUUCAUUUUUUAACCAUCACUCCAGAGACGUUUAAUUAUUUUUUUACAUCUGCUUUUUUUUUCUCUUGCUUUGUUUUGAUCUCUUCCCCAAGCACCCCAUCCCCUUCUUUUUUGUUGGAGGCUUUUGCUCAGACUUUUUGGAAAAAAAUAUUUUAGCUAAGUCAGCACAAGACUGAAAAGACCGAGAGAAAGUGGCAGCUAAGAGACUGCAAAAUCACCUCUUCCUGGGGUUCUCCAGCAGAGACAGAGUUGUACAUUAUUUUUACUGUGUUUUCACAUACAGCUCUCUAGCUCUCUAUCUAGCCAUAUACACGUGCAGAGAGAGACAAGUACAUACACUGAAACUCAACCAGCCCAACCAUGGGAGGAAGGGCUCAGCCUGAUCGGAAACAAUUACCGUUGGUCCUACUGAGAUUGCUUUGCCUUCUCCCUACAGGGCUGCCAGUCCGCAGCUUGGAUUUUACCCGAGGCACCGAUAACAUCACCGUGAGGCAGGGGGAUACGGCCAUCCUCAGGUGUUAUGUAGAAGACAGAAGCUCCAAAGUGGCCUGGUUAAACCGUUCUGGCAUCAUUUUUGCUGGACAGGACAAGUGGUCCCUGGACCCUCGGGUAGAACUGGAGAAACGAACCCCUCUGGAAUACAGCCUCCGGAUCCAGAAAGUGGACGUCUAUGAUGAGGGGUCCUAUACAUGCUCAGUGCAGACACAGCAUCACCCCAGGACUUCCCAGGUUUAUUUGAUUGUGCAAGUUCCACCAAAGAUCUCCAAUAUCUCCUCGGAUGUCACUGUGAAUGAGGGCAGCAAUGUGACCCUGGUGUGCAUGGCAAAUGGACGCCCCGAGCCUGUCAUCACCUGGAGACACCUCACCCCGACAGGAAGAGAAUUUGAAGGCGAGGAAGAGUACCUGGAGAUCCUAGGGAUCACACGGGAGCAAUCUGGCAAGUACGAGUGCAAAGCCGCCAAUGAAGUUUCCUCGGCAGAUGUCAAGCAAGUCCGGGUCACUGUGAACUACCCUCCCACUAUCACCGAAUCUAAGAGCAAUGAAGCUGCCACGGGACGGCAAGCCUUACUCAAGUGUGAGGCAUCAGCAGUGCCCACGCCUGAUUUUGAGUGGUACAGAGAUGACACCAGGAUAAACAGUGCCAAUGGCCUGGAGAUCAAGAGCAUGGGGAGCCAGUCCCUCCUGAUGGUGGCCAAUGUCACUGAAGAACACUAUGGCAACUACACCUGUGUGGCUGCCAACAAGCUGGGAGUCACAAAUGCCAGCCUAUACCUUUACAGACCUGGCACAGGGAGAGUAGACAACGGUUCAAUGAGUUUGGCCGUACCACUGUGGCUGCUGGCAGUGUCCCUGCUCUGCCUACUUAGCAAAUGUUAAUAAAAUCAAAUUAAAAAACCCAACAACAACAGCAACAAUAACAACACACAAAACAAAGCGCGUCAUACAGGAGACAGAGCGAGAAAAAGAGGGGGAGAGAGAGAGGACUGGUUCUUUCACAACUUUUAUGUGUUCAGGAGCAAAGGGGGGGGGGAAUUACAGCGAAGACGAAUCAGCAACAUUUAUUCCGAAUUAUGACAAGACGUCUGUCAAGCCAUCGACCACCCGGGAAGUGACGCGGAGCGCAGGAGAGAACGGGGUGCUGGGUGGGGACCGCGUUGUGCCAAAGACGCCGAGAUGUAAAAAAAACACCCAACCAACCAGAUUUCUUGUUUUCCCCCUUCUUUCCUUAGUCCUCUUUCUUUCGUCUUCUGAAAGAGAAGGUCUUUGCUGUGAUGUUUAUAGCCACUUAACCCCUUGAUUCCCUUGGCCACUUGGUGAGCUGACUCUCCACCAGUUCAGACUUUUGGAAAGCAGUAAUCCAGAUCCCUUUUGCAUACUGGUGUCCCACGAAGAAACCCCACGCCUCCUCCCUCCCAUCCCUUGCACCCUCGUUGGCCCCCUCCCUUAUGUCCCUUCUCCUCCAAUACCUCCCUCUCUGCCCUGAGCUCAAGCUAUGUUGACUAUGCUACAAACACACUGUUUUUAUUCUCCUCUUCUCCCCCUGUAUUUGGCCGGGUGUCUCUGUCUCCCGUGUGUGUCUGUGUGUGUGUGUGUCUCUCUCUCUAAAGCAUGCAAAGAGAAUGGUCCAUAUGUACAUAAGCUCAUCAUGCUGUAGAUAAAGUUCUGCACCGUAAGUGUGAGACAUGGUGCUGAGAGAUCACUUGAGCAGAUGUGGGGGGCGGGGAGCACGUCAGCUGUGGCACUGGUUCAGAUGGGACCCUGUCCCCCAGCUGGCUUUUGCCUUGACAUCCUCCUGGCCGUAUUGUUGGAAGCGUCAAUCUCCAUACUUUUUUAACCGUUCUCUGAUCAACCCCACCCGGCUGGCACUCAGCUGUAGUGCAUCAGAAUAGUGGCUCCUGCUUCAUGUCUGUGGUUGUGUGUAUGUCCAAACAGGUAGAAAAUCAAUGUGACUGAUCCGUAGGACCAUAGAUGGCAGCACUUCAAGAGCACUGCUCCAGUACCCACUCCUGGGGGGUUUGGGAAGAGAGGUAAAUCAGUGAGAUAACUUGGGCUUCACUGAUCUUCUCCACCUGUAGGUAUGGCAUGGCCAUUAAAUAUCUCUUAACAGAAAAGCCUCCAAAUGGUAAUCCAUAACCGUUCAGUAUUGCUAUAGAAAUGAACCUUUUGUCCCUCUGACCUCCUUGUUACAAUCAAAGCAAACCUGUAAAUGUCUUUCUCGGCCACCAUGAAAAUACCUAGACGGAGCUUCUUUAAUUUUAUGCUUUAAAGAAAAUUCAGAUUGGUUCAGAAAGUGGCCAGAACCUGGGACUGUAAAAAAGCUGGGGUCAAAAUUCUUGGCAUACAAGAAAGAAGCUUUGGGUGGCGCACUGAAGAGAGUUACAAGGGGUUACACAGUAUGGGGAGGAGUAUUUUAUUGACCGAUAUGUAACACGUCAAGGUUCCUAAGGUUGUUUCUAGACAUCCUUGCCCUCUGGAUGGUCAGAGGAGGAGGUAGUUGAUGAAAGAAACUCUAGUGACACCUGCUGGAGAAGAGGUGGUGGAUCUCAGAGUAGGUCACUUGAAACAGAGUUACUGAAAUGCUACCUAUCUGUUGGAAUCUGCCAUUUCAACAACAGGUCCUGCAGGAUGUGAUGUAAGCAAUGGGACACGUGCAAAUCUGAAGAGCUUCACAUAUCCCAUUGGCUGUACUGAUCAUCUGUGAAAGGGGACAGCUGGGUUAAUGCACCAGUGUUUGUUUCUGGCAACCUGUGUUUAAAUACGCCUAGGGUCACAAGUGCCAUGAUCUGGGUGUCCACAGCAGAGGAUGUGUUGGGACUGCCAGUCCCUUCUCUUUUUCAGCAGAGCCUCUGGAACUGGUUUAGCAGCGGUGCUGUGGGUCAGGAUUUAGGAGCUGCGCAGUGGCCUUUACUGUGUCCUACUCCAAUUUCCUAAGCAGUAAAAAUUCGCUUCUUUCCACCCCACCCCCCACAAAUAAAUACAAUUCAGAUCUGCCUGGAAUUUGCUGUAAAAACUUAGCGGAGGUAGGACGGAAAUCUCUCUGGCUUGAGCAGGCUUAUGAAAGGGGAGACUGAUCACCAGAAAGCAAUGAGUUAAUUCUGUUUUGUGUUUCAGUCCUUCCCUUUACUCAGCUGAGACGAAAUCUGCAAGAGGCUCCCUAUUAUUCAGUGCCGGCUCAACACGGCAGCGCUUACCUUGAUCAAGCAGCUCUACAGCACGGCCUCUUUUCUGCUGAGCGAGGCAGUUUUGGGGCAGAGACAGACAAUCAAUUAAAGAGGCAGCCUGGCGUCUCGCAGCCAAUAAGACCUGCAGAUAAAUAUUAGUCUUUGAGUGUCUUUUAGGGGAGGAGAGCAGAGAAACGGGCCUGCAGGAUGUCACCAGUCAAGGGAAGGGGGUUUUCCCCCAUCCCUCAAGGUAUGUGCUCAGUUCAAGGUGAGCUCUGCUGUGUUUUGGGAUACUGGAGAAUAAUCCCCACAAAAAUCACACCCCAGAAUAUGUGUGUGUGGGCCCUGAUAACAGAUAUGACACCAUCACUGCUUGGGAGGGGUUUGAAAUCAUUCAGUGACCCAGAGUGAGGGCUCAGCUUUUGUCCUCUGGUGCAAGGGGCUAGGCGUUGUGACCUCUCCCGGUGGGACUGAAUCCAGUGGGGCCAGACAACGAGGCACAGACCUUCAGAGGUAUUUAGGCGCCUGGCUCCCGUUGAACUCGCUGGGCAUUAGGCACCUAAAUACCAUUGAGAAUCUGGGCCUUAACCUGUAGGUGACCUACUGACCCAUGAGCCCUGCAGAGUCUCUUAGGACAGGAGCCCUCUAGCCCCUGCUGGUGAUUCUUUCUGAGUCUGAUGGGUUUUGCUGUAGGGAGGGGAGUGAUUCUACAAGUCCAGCAGCAGAUAUUGCACUUGGGGGAUGGACUAUGCACCAUCUCCCACAUAUUGGCUCAUUUGAUAUUGUAGGGUUGCUCAGAGGUGGUGGGCUGCCCGCCCUGAUUUGUUACUGUAGGGAGAACGUCCAGGGUUGUUUAUGAGGACUGGGCUGAACACAUUGUUUCAUCAGUGUAGGAUUGCUCAGGAGUGCUGAGCUGUACACACCGGUUUGUUAUUGUAUGGGUCCUCACAAGUACUGGGCUCCUGGCAGUGAAUUGUUUUAAAUGUUUGUAGAAAAAAGAGCACUGAAGCUUUUGUUUUGGGGAAAAAAACCACACACAACAACAACAACAAAAAUCCCAGACUUUUGGAACAGAAAAAGACAAAGAUGGUUGGGAGGAACCAUUCUGUCUAGUGGUUAGAGCUGAGGUCUGCCAGUUAGGACUCCUGGGUUCUACUCCUGACUGUGCCCCUGACUCUUUGAGUGAGUCUGUGCCUCAGUUUCUCCUCUGUAAAAUGGGGCUGGGGCGCUGGCUCUGGGGAGCUCACAGACAUUGCAGUCCCAGCUUUUCUCAGCAGGACACAGUGUAGGAACUCUGGGGGUAAUGAGAUUCACUCUGCAAUACAGCUGCUGAAAGGCAUGAUCAGUAGCGUUGGAACAGUUUGUAUAGUGGGUGCGUGGGGAGCCAUUGAACCAAACGGUGAACACUGGAUAUGGUGGAAACCACUUCAAACUCGGGGAAGCCGCUGUACCUCCAGCACCCCUGGGCAUGAUGCAAGUGCAUAGUAUUACAGCUAUUUUGUUUGCUUCUGGGAUCUCCACUCUUGACAGUGUCUGUCCCUUUAACUUGAGAGCUGGGGUGGGGGAAUACUUAUUUAAUUUUUUAACAGAGCCAAUCCUGCAAGUUGCUGAGCAUCUCCUGAGAGGUCCUGAGCACUCACCAUUUCCAUUGAAGUCAAUGAGGGUUGCACAACGCCUCCCAAGAUCAGGGCCAUAGUGAAGAAGGGAAAAGGCAUUUUCCUUGAUCAUUUCUUCAGCCCUGUGGAUAAUUACGUUGAAAAGACAUAUCCACCAGUGCAGAGCCUUUCUCCUGAGGCCACCCCCAAUGGCCCUGCUUCUCUGGCCCCCUUUCCCCCCUCCUCAAAAUCCGCUCACGUGUUUGCUGCCCUGCCCCUCAGUGGGAUUUGGAAUGGGAGACCAGGUCCUUGAGAGCGUAGGUGUAAUUGUGUUUGAUUGAUGGAGGUUUAACAUUUAGUGGUAUUAAAAAAAAAAAGAGAUUGUAUUUCUUCCACGAGUUUGUAAAUAUACGAGAGUGACAUGAGAUGGCCCCUAAUGUCCAAGCAGCGGAACAAACGCUUCGAUUUAAUAUAUGGCCCCCCCACUGGCUCGCAGACUUCUAACCCUUUUCAGGUUACCAGUGGGCGGGGGCGGGGGGGGCAACUUUCUGAAAGGAAAUGAACGGUGUGAACGCAGCCCUCUGGGGCCACCUGAACGCCAUACAUGAUUGCAGCGUGUUGUCUGUAUGUGUCUGGCUGGGUGAAGAAUGAAGCGAUGCAUGGCUGUGAAAUGCUGGGAAGGUGGACGUGAAAAUCUCCAGUUAACGCAGGUGUCUCAGCAUUAUGAGCCUUUUCCAGACCACAACUUCCAGACACGUAGAGUAGCAAUGUAGACCCCUGCUGUCUCCACCAACAAAGUUGUGUGGACCAGGGUUACCAUCAGGGUCAUGUUAACGGUGACAUUAACAAGGUUUUUUGGUUCUUUGUGUAAACUAAUUUACAGCCUGAGUUUACACCCCUUUACAUCGCAUUUACUGUUCAGGAAUCAGGGCAAAAGCCAAUUUUCUCCCAUGCCAGACCAAGAGUCAAUCACAGAAUGUUCAGAAGUCCACCCACCUACCCACCCCUAUUUCAAUGCUCAGAUUGGACUUCAGAUACAGAUGCAUUCAGUCCAUGCACCUACGUACCUUUCUGAGCAUCCAAUUAAGGUGCCCUUGUUUCAAAACUGAGCCCAUGGCAUUAACUUAGUAAACUUCAUUUUUCACACAUUUUCCAGGCCAUGUAGAAGUAGCAAGUCUGGAAGGAAAUUUGGGGCAAUGACCGAGGAUUCAUGGGCAUUUGGGGGAGUGGAGCUGGGGAGAGUUUAACCUCACUCUCAGCCCUUCCACAAGAAGACAUUUUGGUCAGGCCUUCAUAUAUUGCUCAUUUCCUUCACAUCGUCUUAUGAAGGAAUCCAGGUGUGUAGUAAGGAAGUGUUUCCUCUCCCAAGUCUAAUAGUACAAUCCAUGUCCUCUGCUCCAACCCCACCGACCCAUGGCCGAAAUCUCAUGGUGCUUGACAUCACACAGCGAACCACACCAAAUGGUGCCAUGGAAUACAGUCUUGGGGAGGUGAGGCAGAGCUGGAAGUUCUAAGUCUCCCUCCUGCGGGUGGCAAAAGCUUAUUUCAUUUUUCACAAGUGCACAGAAAAGACUGUGAAAAGAGACCUCUCCCAUGAGGAGCAGAGUGGUGGGGGCAGGAAGAGAGAAUUAAACUAGGAGAUGGUCUCCCAGGCUAUGUCGUUAAUAAAAAAGUUAGGGCCAUGUGCUGUUCGCAAUCUAUGCACAGAAUUCCCAGGCACAUCAAUGAGGAAGACCAUUGGCUCUCAGCAUCGUUUCAAAGGGGUAUAUUUCCAGUGUGGUGCCUCGGAGAGUUAGCUGCAUGACUCCUCUGGACAUUAAGGGGUGUGUCCAACUGUUGAACCAUCCCCCUGUUCCCCUCUAUUUAACAUGCUGGGGAAAGUUCCCUUCCCACCUACAUCUUACAGUGUGACACCUCAGCAUGGUUUCUAUGGGGGUUGUUUUCCCCAAAGGCCUAAUCUCAGGUGUUCACUUGUUUUCCUAUCUCACUAGCUCAGCGGGGAGGAAAUCAGCUUGGUAAGGAUGCCAGCAAAAUCCCCUAUCCAGGCAUGGCUUGGGGAGGCACCUGUAUGGCAAGCCAGCCACCCUGAAAAGAGCAAGGAAAAGAGGACAUCCCCUCUAAAUUAGCCCAGGAACCUCAUUGCAGGUUCAGCUUAGCUAGUGCCACCAAAAGGUCGUGCAAACCUUUAAGGAGUACACGAGACAGUAGAGGAAGGGAGGGUGCUCAACAGUCAGGACAGGAUUACAGAGCUGGUGGUGGGGCUGACUUCAUGACAAGGCUGUUUGGGGAGCACAUUAGGGGGCAAAGGCCUAUCCAACAAAGGAAGUCUCCAGGCGGGGCAGGGAACUACCUCUCCCCAAUUUGUGUAUAUCUUCAGCUGACUUCCCGAGCCCCGUGGGGAACGUGCGUUGUGAUACCCUAAUUGGGGCCCCAUCCAUCAACAUCUCAGCAUAUCUGUGAAAACAGAGGGAUUGAACUGAGCCCUGCUAUCUGUCCUCAGUCAAACCCUUUACUUCCCUCUAAGAAUGCCUAGCACCUCUUAUGGAAUGUGAGUAUGUGUGUGUGUCUACAUCUAGUAUUCGCAGGCCGCAAGGAGCAAGACCACCUAGGAAACUAUCCACAAGGAGAGAACUUCCCAGCUGAGGAGUGUCUUCCAGCUCUGAAGUUAUUUCAUUUGCUCCCUUUUUCAGUCACACAGAUAAUCAUGCCUCCCGAUAUCCCUACAACACACACAUGCCACCUUCCUCCAAAAAUCCCUCACACAGCCACCACACCACUCUCCUUUCCCAGACCCCCGGUGACACAUGCAACAUGACACACACUUCUCAAUUUGCUUUUAGCAAUUUGUCUAUAGAAAGCCAUCAGCUGCAUGGUUUGUGGUGACUUUCUACAAACAAGGAAAGGGUGCGGGGGGAGGGGAGAGUAAAAAUUGGCUCCACCAGCUGCCCCCAAACCUUUCAGUUUCCUCAGCUGGAGCUAAGUUUCAUCCUCCAAGCCUUAGGGAGGAGGUCCAGUGUCCCUUCUUCUUGCUACACAGUGGGGUGGUUAGAACUCUUCUCAUUAACAGUGUUAUAUACAUAUAAAUAUAUAUAUAUAUCUCUAUAUCUUUAUAUAUAUUUUUCCCCAGCACCGUAGACAUGAGCUGAACGUCUCUUUAAUGAAACAAGAACACGGCCAUUUUAUUUUUUGCCAUUGGUUUGUUUUCAGAUACUAGCUCUGUGGAAGAAAACUUUAAAUGCGCAAGUGUGUGUGUGUUAAAAAAAAAAAGAAGAA